CUUUGGCUCUGUUAUCAGUAUUGAGCCUUCCCCUUUAAUUAUCCAUAUGACUUUAUAAAGGAGGAGUUUAGGAGACCAGGGAAACUCUCAAGCUUCAGAAGUUCUCCGAGUGGAUAUUUUCUGUCAUUGCACAAUGAGUCUUCACAGAAUGGUGCUGUCUCGUGCCUGGACCCUCAUCAAACACUUUGAGGGAGCCCCAAAACUGUCAGAUUUCAAGUUAAAGGAGGUACAGCUACCAAAGAUAAAACAUGGAGAGGUUUUGGUGGAAGCUGAGUAUUUCAGUGUGGACCCAUACAUGAGGCCUUACAGUAAGAGAAUGAUGAAGGAGGGAGACGUCAUGAUCGGGACUCAGGUUGCAAGAGUUUUGGAAAGUAACAAUACUGCUUUCCCAGUCGGAAGCUAUGUUGUUUCAAAUGCUGGUUGGAGAACACAUUCUAUCUCUCAAGGCAAAGAUCUGACUCCUUUACUACCAAAUUGGCCUGAUCAUAUUCCCAAGUCUCUGGCUCUUGGAACAAUUGGAAUGCCGGGUUUAACAGCCUAUUUUGGCUUAAAAGAGGUCUGCUUUGCUAAAAAGGGUGAAAUUGUUUUGGUCAACGGAGCUGCUGGGGCUGUUGGGUCACUAGUUGGACAAAUUUCAAAAAUCAUUGGUUGUAAGGUGGUUGGCUCUGCUGGUUCCGAAGACAAGGUUCAAUAUCUGAAAGAUAUCGGCUUUGAUGAAGCUUUCAACUACAAGACAGUGGGCUCAUUGGAAGAAGCAUUAAAGAAGGCAUCCCCAGAUGGUUAUGACUGUUUUUUUGAGAAUGUUGGAGGACAUUUUGCAGAUGUUGCCUUACUUCAGAUGAGAAAAUAUGGAAGAGUGGCUGUUUGUGGAGCUAUUGCCCUGUACAAUGAUACCACACCUAGAAAAGGAGAAUACGUUCACCUUCCUUUAAUCUUUAAUGAGCUGAAAAUGGAAGGCUUUACAGUACAACGUUGGCUCAGCAGAUAUAAUGAGGGAUUGGAGAAACUGAUGCAAUGGGUUGUUGAGGGAAAACUAAAGUACCACGAGCACAUUACCAAGGGGUUUGACAACAUGCCUUCUGCGUUUAUUGGGAUGCUUAAAGGGGACAACAUUGGAAAAGCCAUCAUAACAGCUAAAUAGUCAUUUAUGAUGCUUUUCUAUGAAAAGUUGCUAAACGGAAAGUAUAAAAUGUAUGUAUUGAUUUUUUAUUAACAUGGUGAGCCUUUGGAACCCUUUGGAAAAAAAAAGCUCAGGCAACAAGUGAAGCAAGGCUCUUGGUAACCAGUCAGUUUUCAGCAUUAUUAUUGCAAUGAGAACCUUUAAAAUAGUGAUUUAAUACACAAAUAAAGAACGUGAA